GACUGGCUGCAGCCGCAGCGGCCGCACGGAAGUGUUGAUGUUCCGCCAAACUUAAUGUGCCGUCAGUUGUUUUGCAAACGUUCGCAACGUCAGUACACUCGGAAUCGGCGGAAUCUCGGGCAGUCCAGGUGGAACACAGUCAAGUAAUUUUGGAGUACAUUUAUGGCAAUGACACAAUUUUAAAGAAGAAAAAAAAUAAAAUUGAAAUCCAAAUUUGAUUAGCUUAAGCUAAUCCGUCGGCUUAGUAAUUAAUAUGGACAACGCGAAUCGCUAAAGUAAUCACAACAAAAACAAAAACAAAACCGCAUUGCAACCGGGGGAGGAAAAUCAAUUGAUUGCGAUGCAAGCCGGUGGGAGCGCAGAAAUUGGAGUUUGUAGGGCAACUACAAGCAUACCAGCGUUAAAAGGACAACAGCAGGCUGGAGCAACGCCCAGACAAAUGCGAAAAGGUAAAAGCAGCCAAAUGGCUAGUGGAAGUGCCGGCGCAUCCGCCAAGACGGCCACCAUAAUGAUGGCCAAGACCAAUAUUGACAGAGGAGGAGGAGGAGGACGAGGAGGAGGAGGAGGGAGUCGCAGUGUUACGGCCGGCGGAAAAGGUUUAUCUGUCGGUGCCAAAAAGCAAGAAAAUGUGGCUGGUUUAGUCGAUGGAAUCGAGACAUAUCUCGGCCUAAUCGGCUGGCGUAAAAAGUGCCUAUAUACAUUGCUGCUACUGCUAAUGCUUCUCAUUAUCACAAACCUGGUGCUGACCCUAUGGAUACUCAAGGUGAUGGAGUUUUCAACGGAUGGCAUGGGUCAACUGAAAAUUGUUCCCGGGGGCAUCCAGCUCACAGGCCAAGCGGUAAUUAUGGACAUGCUGCGGGCAUCCACUAUACGCUCUAGGCACGGACAGCCAAUAUCCAUUGAAUCGUCACGUAAUUUUUCAAUCAAUACACGUGACUCAAACGGUGUGCUCGAGAAUCAUUUAUUCUUGGGGCACGAUAAGUUUGAAUGUCUGUCAGCGGGAUUUCGCAUCAACGACACCAACGGACGAAAUUUAUUUUCCGUAAAUCGAAAUGAAGUCACAAUCGGGGCGCAUACGUUGCGCAUCGAGGGCGAGGGUGGCGCCAUCUUUCGGGAGUCCAUACAAACGCCGCACGUGCGUGCUGAGCCGGGCAGGGAACUCAGACUAGAGUCGCCGACACGUCAAUUAGAGCUAACUGCCGCUAAAGAUAUUAAUAUACAAUCGCGAGCCGGUGGCAUUGAACUGUUAGCUUUGGAGGACGUCAAGUUGCGUGCACUCGAUGGCAGCGUACGGUUGGAGUCCUCGAAAAUAGUUAUGCCCAAUUUGCGGACUGCACAGCCACCGAUACUUGGCUCUGCCCAGAGUCGAGAUCACAUGCAUCGAGUCUUCCAGCUGUGUGCCUGCUUUAACGGCAAGCUGUUCCUGGCAGCGCCCCAUUCGAUAUGCGCCGGUGACGAUUCAACGGUCUGCAGAUGAUUAGUUUAGGUGGAAAUGCAUUCGUGAAAAAUGGGAAAAGUCUGUGGAAAUUGAAUACAUACACUUUUUCCCCCGAGCAUUUAAGAAAAUAGUCAUAAAAUGAAAAAUUUUCAAACAUUUCAUAACAUUUUGUUGUCUAAACAAAGGAGAAAUUUCCCUAAGAUAUACAUUUUUGCGAAAAUAUUUUCUGAAACAAAGAAAAUUGUUCAUUUUAUGGCAAUUUUCUGAAAUGUAGCAAACAAUUUUUUUUUUUGAGUGUACAUGUAUAAGGAAAAUAAAUUUAUAUAGCCAUGAGCAUAUAUAGAUUUGCAAACAUAAUUAUAGAAUAUAUAUAGAGCAUAGCGCGCAUCAUAUGUAAUUGGUAUUCACAUGAGUUGUAUAAUGUACAACAUAUACACACACACAUACUGGCAAACAUUGUACAUACAAAUAAGUUAUAAAUACAUAUGUAUCUAUAUAAAUGUACACAUAAUCACAUGCAUGCAUUAAGCAGAUGUCCAAGCUGGGCAGGCAAAUUACAAAUAUGCAAAUUAUUAUUGGCAGCAAAUAAUUUACUUAAACAACGAGAAAAAAAAUGCAGCAUUGGCUUGUAUGAAAUACUAACUACUGAGAGGCCUAUAGUAAUUUUUUGAGUUAAGAGCAUACAAUACAAUAUAUAUUUAGAUCAAUAUAUACAUAUACAAGUAUACUACCAAAAUCAUACUUAUCGUAUUACGCAAAUAAAUGAUAGAGGCCAUUAAUUGCGAUCGCAAUUACACUGAAGGUAAAUAAAGCCUAUGCACUAUUGUUUCUGUUAAAAAUAUAUACAAUAUUAUCAGGAUUGUGCUAAUUGUAGUAUCGGUGUCUAUAAUUAAAUCAACUAAAACACUAAGAUUUCAAUUAUAGGGGUGAACCUAAUGAGACGCCCUCUACAACAAAUAAAAAUGCAUAUAUGAAUCGAAACUGAACACGAGAACAAAAUCGAGAGCUUCUUGCACUUGCACUUUGUGUAUAUGCGUUAAAAAUAUAUAUCAACAUACGAAGUCUACAAAUAAGUAAUAUAACAUGUAAGAGUAAUCGUAAUCGUAACAAAUGUGAGCUCUAACUUACAGGCACAUAAAAGUAACCCAUCAUGAGCCCAAUAAUAACUAAAAUGGUGCCUCUUUUUAACAAAAAGGACCAGAAUUCGAUUUCAUUUUCUGAAUAUCCCAUAUCCCAAACUUUGCAGCUUUACUCAGCCUAUUUCCAUCGCAUGAAAGUAACUUCCAGGUCUAUCAUUUUCCUGAUAAUAAUAGAUGUUUAAUCACAAAUAAUAUUCCAGAUAUCGGGGUCGUCCAUAAGUUUGAGCGAUGUAUUCAUAUGAAUGUGUACUCGUGCAUAUGCCUCGUGCAGUAAUACUUACUACUUAUAUAUACAUAUAUAGAAUCAGAAGGAAAGCUUAUGUAUAUAGAAAACAGCAGAAAGAUCGGAAAUCUGCAUAUAAAAAAAUAUAAUAAUAAUAAAAAAACAAAAACCAAUUGUAGCAAUUGUUAUAUGCUAACAAUAAACAUGAAAAAGAAAAAAACGAAUAUUAAUCACAAUACGAAGACAAUGAAAUAUCAUCCAAUGAACUAUAAGAGCUAUUUAUGUAGAAAAAUGAAUAUGGAUAGGAUGUUGAAAUAUUGCCGUUAUUUAUAUGUAUGCCUAUUAGAGUACAUAAAACAUUUUAAACAAAAAUGCUUUUAAAUGGGAAUUUACGAGAAUAUUUGUAAUAUUCUUUGUUAGUAAAGUAGAUGUCUUUUUUUUCGCACGAUAAGUUUAUAUACAUAUAUAUUAAUAAUAUAUAUAUAUAUAUAC